AUGGCGUUGAGGCGGCAGGAACAGGCGCUGUCGGAGGAGAAGGGCGCCGUGGAGGCGGAGGAGCCGGCCGAGGAGGAGGAGGAGGGCGGCAGCGGCCGGAGAGCCUCGGGGGCCCGCGAGAGGCGAGCGGGGCCCGCGGCUGCGCCCGACUUCACGCCCCCCGACGGCGGCUUCGGCUGGGUGGUGGUGCUGGCCGCCACCUGGUGCCACGGCUCCAUCUUCGGCAUCCACAACUCCUUCGGGAUGCUCUACAUCCUGCUGCUUGAGGAGGCCGGCGGCGUCGAGAAGGACCACACGCUGGAGUUACGCACCUGUGAGGCUCUUUGCGCCGCCCUGUCGGGCUGGGACCCUCCGGCCGCUCUUGGCCCGGGCGGGGGUGGUGGUCCGCGGGAGCCCCUCCCUCUAAGCCCCCUUGAAAUCGCGCCCUCCUGCCCCGACGCCAGGCUCCGCGCGGCCCCAGGACGGCAGGCGGCCCUCGCGCUCUUCUUCCCGCGAGGAAGAGAGCCGAGUCGGCUGCCCAGCUUCAGCAAUCCUCAAGAGACUGGCUUCGAAUCACGCUUCGCCCUGCUGCUUGGCCACCUGAGUAACGUUGAAUUGUACCUGUGUGUGUUUUUCCGCAGGCUCCACCGGGCCCAGUGCGCCAUUAAGCAGACUCAGGUAACCGUUCAGAAAAUAGGAAGGGAGAUUGAAGAGAAACUGAGGCUUACGUCUACAAGCAACGAACUGAAAAAAGAGAGUGAGUGUUUACAGUUGAAGAUUCUGGUGCUUCAGAAUGAGCUAGAGAGGCAGAAAAGAGCCCUGGGCCGGGAAGUAGCCUUACUGCAUAAGGAGCAAAGGGCACUACUUGAAAGAG